AUGCAAUUGGUGUAUUUAUUGGUAGCUUUAGGCAUUUAUGGCCAGGUUUUCGCAGCCUCUGGAGGAUACGUUGAGAUUCCUUUGGAGCGGUCUUCAGACUCCAUGUAUUAUGUUGAGUCGCUCAGGGUCGGGAAACGUCAACAGGAGUUGAAAAAUGUGAUCUUGGAUACUGGUUCGGCCGAUGUGGUGCUAACGGGGUCGACGUACCAGUAUGAGAAGUCGCUCUUCACCCCAGAAUAUGUCGCACAGUACGGGUCAUCCGAACCCUUUGAGAUGUUCCAGCAAAAUGAAACAAUUUCAGGCAAUGGAUGGGCCCUAAAAGGGGCUACGUUUGGGGUGACAAACGUGUCUGAUAUUGAUUCGUUCUACGGGGUGUUUGGAAUCGGGUAUGCUACUAUCGAAGCCAUGGAUCCGUACGAGAACUUUCCAAUGAAGCUCGAGUCGCAAGGUCUCAUCGACUAUCAGGUAUACAGUGUAUCCGGAAGAGAGAGCCACAGCUCCAUCAUAUUUGGGGGUAUUGAUUCUGGGGCCUACAAGGGUCCAUUGGUCAAGACGCAGAUCGGGUUCGAAGUGGGGCCACUGGCCACUCGUGAGUACCACACCGCUACAGCCGUGACGGUCUCAUCUAUCAAAGUUGCAAGCCACAACUCUAGGACAUCGAUUUCAACUCAAAAACUCAUUUACACCCUCGACACCGGGUCCAAUGGUCUCAUGCUCCCCGAACCCGUGUAUACAAAUUUAGUCACCGCAAUCCACGCCAAAAAACAGUGGCACGACGAUACCCCGUUGUUCCACCAAGACAGUCUUGCUGCCGAAUCUCUCACUUUCGAUAUUACGGGCUUCCCCGUCUCAAUCCCCAUUACCGACUUGAUUGACGAGUGCACUGCCAUCCGUGGGGCCCAAUACUGCACCCUCAGAAUCGGCAUCGUCGAUAUCGGCACAAAUUCCUAUGUGGCUACCCUUCCGAACAGCAUUUUCAAGUACAUAUACACCGUAUUUGAUCUCCAAGACAACCAAGUAUUCAUGGCUCCAUAUGGGCCACUAGCCUCCAAAUCCAUCAAACAUGUAUCAAACACACAUUUUCCGGUCGAAACCACCACCGCACCCAAUUAUAACGAUGUCUAUUCAACCAUGUACCAAACUUCCGACGAAACAACCGUCCAUCGGUCGUCCUCCACCAAAAACUGUCGUAGAUAG